AUGAAGUUUAUGCUACCCCUGACGCUGAUUGCCUCCACUCUAGCCAUCGCAACCAUACGCCACUAUGACAGGGAGAAGGUGUUGAGGGUGAGGCCCCAGGAUGAAAAACAAGUGAGCAUCAUAAAGCACUUGGCUGACACUUAUCUGCUCGACUUCUGGCAUCCUAGUUCUGCUCACGAUGUCAUACCUAAAAUGGAUGUGGACUUCCACGUUGGUGAAGAUCAGUUCCAACACAUCCAGGAUACUCUGGAGAAAAAUGACAUGCAAUAUGAAGUCUUGAUUUAUGAUCUACAAGAAGAGAUUGAAAAACAGUUUGAUGUGAAAGAUGAUUUUCCUGGCAGACACAGCUACUCAAAAUACAAUGAUUGGAGCAAGAUUGCUGCUUGGACUCAGCUAAUGACAGAAAAGAGACCAGAGCUGAUCUCUCACAUUGAAAUUGGAAAAACUGGAGAAAAUAAUCCCAUGUAUGUUCUCAAGGUUGGGAAAAAGAGUGGACAGAGAAGGGUCAUUUUCAUGGACUGCGGCAUUCACGCAAGAGAGUGGAUUUCUCCUGCCUUCUGCCAGUGGUUUGUCUAUCAGGCAGCCAAAACCUAUGGGAAAAACAAAAUUAUGACAAAGCUCCUAGACAGAAUGAAUUUUUAUGUCCUUCCUGUGUUCAAUGUUGAUGGCUACAUCUGGAGUUGGACAAAGGACCGAAUGUGGAGGAAAAACAGAGCAAAGACUUCCAACCCCAAUUGCAUAGGCAUUGACCUCAAUAGGAAUUUUAACGCCUCAUGGGACUCUCAGCUUGGGACAAACAACCCUUGCUGUGAAAUCUAUAAGGGAAAGGCACCAGAGUCUGAGAAAGAAACCAAAGCUGUGGUUAACUUCAUUCGAAGCCACAUUGAUUCAAUUGAAGCCUAUGUGUCGAUCCAUGCCUUUUCCCAGAUGCUCCUGUUUCCCUAUGGAUACACUGAAGUCCCAGUACCGAAUAAUGAGGAACUGUAUAAAAUUUCCAGAAUUGCCACAGAAUCUUUAGCAACUCUAUAUGAAACACAAUAUGUCUAUGGACCCAUUGCAACAACAAUUUACCCAACCUCAGGCUCGUCUGUAGACUGGGCUUACGAUAUGGGCAUCAAGCGUUCAUUUGCUUUCGAACUCCGAGAUAAAGGCAGAUAUGGUUUUCUCCUCCCAGAAUCUCAGAUAAAGGCAACCUGCAAAGAGACCAUGUUGGCUGUCAAAUCUAUCGCCAAAUAUAUCCUCAAGCAUCCUUUAUAAACAUUUUCCCAUUCUAUAAUAAGCCAAUUAAUUCCCUUUUCAUUGUAAUGAAUAUAUAUAACUUCCGUAAUACUCAAGUUAGCCCUUAAUGAAUUAUCUUCCUUGCCUGGAAAAUUCUCAUCCUUAAGUCUUCAUAACUCCAUUCAACUAAUUCCUUUAUUCAUUCUCUCACUAACCCAGUUAGCUUUUGCUUGCCAUAGUACACAGCCUAACAAAGGGAGUUGAAUCAAGAAAAACAAAGAUCCUUUGAUCCCUUUCCCUGCUAAAGAUAAAGCACAGUCAAAAAAGAAAGAGCUGUCCUUUAGCAUUCUGCAAAGUUGAUUGUUUGAUAGUGUUUGUAUAUUACUGCUUUAAACUAGUCUAGGAGGGCCUGCGGUCCCUCUAUGGAGUGGGUUCCAGAAAAAAAAAAAAUUAGAUUCAGAGAUUGUUUGAGUUGUCCAUGACCUUAGAAAUCAUUUAGUCUAAUCUUUUCAUUUUACCAAUGAGGAAAUGGAAGUCCAAAAACGUGAAGCCAAUUGCCAAAUCAUGUAGCUAAUUAGUGGUAGCAAAUCUCACAUUCUUUCUCAGAGCCCUUAAUACCUAGUCAAAGUGUGUCUUUCCACUCCUCCUGAAUCACAUUUUCCCAUCAUAGUCUCAUUAUCACAUUGCAAAUUUUCAGAACUUCAAAAAUGCCUGUAUAUUCCCUUCUUCCUCCCUACCAAAAAAAAAUGCUAAAACUUAAAAAGAUACAUCUACAAUUUAAGAUUCUUAUUAAGUUGUGCUUUCAUUCAUAAUUCAAAAUUGACUAUAUAUUGUAUCAUGCUGUUAAGAAUUACCUGUGGAACUCAAACUCUUAUA